GCCCUUACUAUACUUCUAGUAAACGCUGUCUGUGCAAAGAGGCCUAAAAAUGAAAAGCACCAGCACAUGUAAAAACAAUAACAUCUCCCCACAGGCUCCGCCGCCGCCGCCGCCGCCGCCGCCUCCUUCUCCCUCCACCAACACCUUAAGUUCCCUUUGAGCCCUUGCGCCUUCCUUUGACACGUGUCCUCACUUUCACUUGCUCACAUCGAGAACUCAAAAGCCCAUUACCUGACGCGGACGACUUUACAAGCUCCAGCCUCUUCUUUUCUGCAGCAGCCCGGGGCUGCGCCUCUCCCAGCCGUUAUAGGCGGGCUUUGCAGCUUCAGCUGCGGGUUGGAGGAAAUCCUCGCAGCAAGGCCGCCCCCAGGGUUGGGCUUCAGUCUCCUCCCCUUCUAAAUAUGGGCGCCUUUCGGCUCCAUCUAGGGACUGGGAGGGAACCAUUUCUAAAGAGGAGCUGUCAUCGCGAUCCUCUAUCCCACGCAAGUUUUACUCUCUGAGCUUGGCUCGCUCGCUCCUCUUUACUUGGCGGCCGCAGGAAAAAGAUGCUGCGCUUUAUACUGGAGACAAAUACCUCACGUUUUCUAGGCGCGCUCUCUCUCUCUGUGACAGCAAGAUGGCCCAUUUUGCUGGUGGCGCUCCUGCGCCUUUAGCAGUUGCCACCCCACCCCGUGCAUCUUAUUCAACAGGUGAAGCUUUCCCUCACUAUCCUAUGUCUUCAGGGCAGCCAUCUGUCGUGGGUGCUCUUGCACCAGAUCAGACAAAGGUGCUGCGGUAAGAUCGAGGCCUUCGAGGGAAAUUCCCUCCAACUCCACGAUGCUGUGAAAGCUGCACCUGUUGCAUUUACCCUCUCAUACGGGUACCAAAGGAGAUUGUGGAGGACAAAAGGGCACCUGUGGGGAAUUCUGUCAUGAGCCCCCGGCAAAUUAGUUCCCUUCCAAUGUUAUUGGGGCUCCGUCGAUGGGUGCGCUCGGUGAUUAACAGGGAAAAGACACCGAUCAGCAUCGUUUCGAUUUUGCUGCUCCUUAAAGGCUCCCACAUUAAUCUGCACCGUAAGACUGUAGUCAUUAUGAACACUUAUCUGGGAAUUAAAUCCCAUUGGAAGCAGUGGGGUUUAUUUACUUCUGAGUAAAAUGUAUACAGGAUUGGGUUUUUAAGACUCUUUGAAUUUUCCACACCUAUGGCUAGGGCGCGUAGCAAACUCUCCCAGAUGAGAAUAUACAAUAGUAGCCGCCAUCCUGUAUUUCUUUGCUAUUAGCAAACAUAGAAGGAUAACAUACUCUUGCUUGCGUACAAAGAAUUACAUUACGUUUCUAGACUAUUCGACACGAUCUCUUUCCAGCAAUCCGAGAGAAAGAAAAGUACUGCAAAACUCAGGCAGCACGGAAGAAAAACCGCCUACGCCUGUUCCUCGGAAAUAAAUCCGAACUGGGUUGUUAUUGUUUUUUUCCUUCCUCAGAGGGACUAUAAAUCCUGAUUUAGGAACAAGCCCUGUCCGCCUUGCAGCUGCUUCAUGGGAAAAGAGUAAGGAAAAGUAAUGAUGGAAGAAAAGGUGAAGGGGCGCUGAAGGAAGAACGAAGAAGCAUCCUUUAAGAAAUUUAAGCGGGGCACGGCGGGGAACAGUCAGCCCGAGUUGCUUUGGGGAGCCUGAGGAGAAGAGGAGGAACUGGGGAGCGAGCAGCCGAGGCGCCUCCAGAGGUGGCGCUGAAGAGGGAGGCCUCCCUCGGGAGAAGGGAAGCUGCUCCACGGAGGCAGGGCGGGCGGGGUGUGUGUGAGAUGAAAGAAGCAGCCCGCUGACGGACAGGCGGGACGGAGCAAAGCAGGUGAGCUGCCGGGUGGAGGAAGGAAGAGGCGCUGGGCGGCCUCUCCCUCUCCCUCUCCUCCUCCUCCAGGCUCGGCCGCCAUUUUGGGAGGGAGAGUCCGUUGCGAGCGGAGUAACGGUCUGGGAGAGCCGCGCAGGUAUCUGAGGGAGAGGGAGGAAGGAGGGCAGAGUCGCCGUAACUUGUCGUGCCCCGCCCCGCCAUUUUAUCUCCUUCUCUUCCUCCUUCGCCUGGGUUGGAGUUGUUGUUUGUAGCGCUACGGGCCCGUCGCCCAUAGAUACAGGUCCUCGCCACUGUCCCCAGGAAAAAGGCCUUCGGGAGGACUCCGUGGGGUGGGAGGAAGGGGAGGCCCUGUCACCAGCCGACACGACGGUUGGCCCGUCUCUUCCUCGCCUCCUCAAUCCCAGCCCAUGUACCCACCUCCUCCACCCCUUUACUGUAUGUAUCUUUCAACUGCCCCGGCCUAGAUAAAUCCCUGUAAAAUCUUUGAAAGCAGCAGACCGUUUGUUUGGCUCUGCCUUUAUUCCUCCGGAUUAACAACCGCCACCCCUUGCUAACUCACAUCGACUACCUGUGGCUGGAGUUCUCGCUUCGACUAUAAAGAGGGGAGGGGAGCUGUGAUUCAUCCAUUUGCUAAUGUAAAAAGGUACCAGGGAGUUAAUCCGGAUUACAUGACCAUUUCUGUUCCUCUUUGUACACAUAUGCCCUGGAGACAAACUGCAUUGCCCUUAGAAAGCGAGUUCAAGGACACAAACACUAUUCAUGGCUCUCUUGACCCACUGUAACAACCCUUCCCUAGACUACGAACAACUUUUUUUUUCUUUUACUCUGUGAGUGGAAGGAUGAAUGAUGGUGAACCCACCUCUCCUAGUUAUUUCAGAUUAAUCCAGGAAUAAAGAAGCAUCCUCUUGCAAAGGUAAUGCACACUUAGAUAUACAUCCAACCUUACUUGGCCUGAGCCACCGAAUGCAGCACAUAGAGAAAGCCUAGUGAUGCUUCUUCUGAUACCUCUGGUGACCCUUCCAUUGAAGAAUCUAGAAUGCUAUAAAUGUAGAUUGAGACAUAUUCUCCACAUGCUUUUGGUAUUUGAAUUUGUGGCAUGGACAGGGUUUUCUCACCUUCUCAUUCCUUGAAUGUUGUUGUUGGCUACAUCUGUCUGCCUCUGGAGACAAUGGAAGAAUGUGCCUUUGGGGGUGAAGUCAAGCCCUUGGAGAGUUACUGUGGCUGUAGAGACCGAUACUUUGCUGCAGUUGGGGCAGAUGAAGGACUCUGGAUAUGCUAUGGCAUAUGCACUAUGGCAUUUCUUCUCUCUAUGCACCUCCCAGCGGUCCUCAGAUGUAAAUAAUGGUGUAAAACAGGUCUGUGUGUUCUCACCCCAACUCUCUUUGGCAUAUUCUUGUCCCUGGUGCUCUCAUUCCUUGAAGACUGCUCAGAAAUGGCAGCGAGCACAGAUUGUUGCAGCCUUUCUCAGUGUGAAUUGCUGGCAGGUGGGACCACAUCCAGUUGGUUCUGGGCAAAUCACAUGGGCUGCCUGUGAGCUUCCAGGCCUAAUUUAAGGGCUGUGGCUUUCUUUUUAAAAGUACUUCAAGCCUGGGAUAUCUUGGUGAGUAGCUCUCCCACACUUCUUAUAAUCCAGAGGUUCCUUGAGAGGGCUGAAAAUAUUAAAGUCCACUAGUCAAACAGUGGUGGUGUAGAAUAGAACUAUUAAACAAAAUUGUAGUGGAUGGAGAUAGAGAUUGGCAUAAUAAGCUGGCAAUUACUGACAUUUUCUAUUGAUGUCUAAUCAAUAUCAUUGCAGCAGGGAGUUUCAUAGUUCAGCUUUUCUCACAUUAAGUAGAGAUAUUGACCCUGGAGAUAUUGUGAAACAGUCUCUACGUUUUAGGCAGAAUUUGCUGAUCCUAAGGCUCUGAAGAGGAAUAUAUAUAUAUAUAUAUAUAUAUAUAUCCCUUUUCUCUUUCCCCACUCAUGCUUCUCAAAAGUAUUUUCCUCAUCUCCGGUUGUUUCUUGUACCCAUCUCCUUCACUUGUACCCUCUUCUCAUUCAUUCCUCCUACCUCUUUUUACAUUCUCUUUUCCCUAUAACUGCUUCUGUCUCCUAUCUCCUUCUUCUAUUUCUAUUUUAUUAUUGCUCUUUAAAAAUAUAGGCCUUUUAUCUCUGAUUUUCUUCAGGGCCUCCUCUUCAGUCUUGAUUUCACACAGUGUAAUACAGGAUUGUUGCUUUUUUAUCCUCUAGUUGCUUUUUUAUCCUCCAGGAACAAAAGAUGGAGAAAUGCAGUUAGGAUAAAAUAAUAUGAGGCAGCAGUAUCAGUGGUUUUGAUUGACAGGGAGUUUGCUUAAUGGGAAUUUCUCUUUAAUUCUUAGAUUUCAGUGUCUAGUCACACACAGGUGACAUUAUGACAUCACUGGUCUAUUUUUCCAGCACUCUUAUCAGUAGCUACUAGGUUUUCACUUGCUUGCCUGCCUAGCUUUAUUGAUAUCUCCAUUGUUGUCCGGCAGGUUCCAGGUAAGAGUUUCUUAAUUGCUUGCUGUUCUGUGCAGGUGGAUAUCCCAGAUGUGUGUGUGCAUAGAUGACUUCUCAAAUAAUGUUCCAAAUAAGCAACCUGUCUUUAAAGCUAAUUGAGAUUGCCACAGUCCCCACCCCCACCCCAAAGCCAUGUUUUAAAGUGGGUUUGCAAAAAGUCCCAGUUCAGUUCCUGGCAUCUCCUGAUACCAGGGCUAAAGAAGUCCUGGUGUCAGUCCAAUAGGCCAUACUGGGUUAUUUAUAUUCAGCAUAAGUCUCAAUAUGGGACGCGGGUGACGCUGUAGGUUAAACCACAGAGCCUAGGACUUGCCAAUCAAAAGGUCGUCGUUCGAAUCCCCACGACGGGGUGAGCUCCCGUUGCUCAGUCCCUGCUCCUGCCAGCCUAGCAGUUCGAAAGCACAUCAAAGUACAAGUAGAUAAAUAGGUAUCACUCCAGCGGGAAGGUAAACGGCGUUUCCGUGCACUGCUCUGGUUCACCAGAAGCGGCUUAGGCAUGCUGGCCACAUGACCCGGAAGCUGUACACUGGCUCCCUCGGCCAAUAAAGCGAGAUGAGUGCCACAACCCCAGAGUUGGCCGCGACUGGACCUAAUGGUCAGGGGUCCCUUUACCUUUACCUUUAAGUCUCAAUAUAAAGUAUCACUUAUCACUACAUGUUCAACACUUGGGAGAGCUGUCAACCCAAUCCAGAGCCAUGAUGUAACUCAGGGUUGUUUAUAGCCAUCACUUUGUAGUUUGUGUUGAGUAGAUACCUUCUGGCAAAACUGUCCUUUCAGGCCAUCUCUUUGCUCCAAAUUGUUAAAAUACAAUUGUCUAGAGUCUAGACCAGGGGUCAGCAACCCGCAGCUCCGGAGCCGCAUGUGGCUCUUUUACACCUUUGCCGCGUCUCCGGGGCAGAUACUAGCGAGGGGAGUAGGUGCAUUGUGCGCCCCAACACUCCCCACUGUGGCAGGCGCUGUACUGGCUGUGACGUCACAUGGGGGCGGUGCGUGCGUUAGUCACGCACCGUCCCGACGUCACCUUCCCGUCCGCUGUCAGAUCGCGGCUCUGGAGAUAUAUUUGUUUUAAAUGUCGCAAUGGUUUUGCGGCUCCCGUUUUUUUUUCCCUUCGGAAACGGGUCCAAGUGGCUCUUUUUGUCUUAAAGGUUGCAGACCCCUGGUCUAGACAGUAUGUUUGUAAAAGUCAUUGAGGGCCAAUAACAUAGUUGCAAAGCUGAUGUAACUUGAAACAUUAUGAAUAACUAGCAAAUAAAAACUUGAGCUGUGUACAUGCUAAUCCAUUUGUAGGACAAAAAUGUAGCUUUUCUCAAUCUUGAAUCAUUCAUGCUGGUCCUCAACAUGUUGCUUUCAAUAUAGAUCAAUUCUAGAUCUUGUGAUCCACAAGAAUGGGUGUAGUUAUUGUUAUGCAUUAGAAGAUUCUUCCCUUGAUUAGGUUAUUCACACUUUUUCUUCCCUGAACAAGUCUCGGGUGAAUGAUGAAUGAAAUGUUGAUAGUGAUCUUUGUACAGUAUAUUCCUGUUCACAAGAUUACAGUGGUACCUUGGGUUAAGAACUUAAUUCGUUCUGGAGGUCUGUUCUUAACCUGAAACUGUUCUUAACCUGAAGCACCACUUUAGCUAAUGGGGCCUCCUGCUCCCGCUGCAUCGCUGCUGCAUGAUUUCUGUUUUCAUCCUGAAGCAAAUUUCUUAACCCAAGGUAAUAUUUCUGGGUUAGCAGAGUCUGUAACCUGAAGCGUAUGUAACCCGAGGUACCACUGUAUUGGGCAUGUGUGGGUACACCUCCCAUUGUCCGGACCAUGUACAUCUGUUUUCAUUGGGCACACUGCAGGAUAAUGCAGAAACAAUCUACAAUGAUCUUUUAUUAUUUUUGGAAUGAAUUCUGUUUCUCAGUUAGUGCUUUUCAGGAGCAAAAAUAUAUCCAAUUACUCAGUCUUCAGUUAUUCUAGAAAGAAGUGUUGCAUACACAGCCCUAGUACUGUAAAACAAUCUAGUACUUUAUAAGCCUGUAGAUCAAAGUGAUUUAUAUUUGCCACUACUUUGUGCACUGCCAUAGUGGACAGAUUUAUUACAUUAUAUUUAACAGUGUUUAAUCCUAUAAGAAUCCUAACCAUAGUGUUUAAACAAGAUGAAAACUGGGAAAGGAUUUCUUCCUAAUAAACAUGGAGUUAUAGUUUUCAACAUCUCUUUGCUGCUGCUAGUGUUCUGCUUUUUCUUUUCUUGCUGCUAAAUGGAUUAAAGCCUGUUUUGAUUGCUAUGGCAUCCCGUGAUGAGAGUACUGACUAUGAAGAUGAUGUAAGGUAAAAAGUAGUCUGUGCUGUAAGAGGUCUGGGAAAGCCUUCCCAGAUGUUAAUAGUGAUAGGAUUCGUGCUAUCAAUAUAGUUUAAAUAGUAGGCUUACUGUAAUAUGCGUAUAAGAUGAGUUAAUUUGAGACGCAAACAGAAUUUUAACUUGAGCUAUGUUUUCAUUCUUUAUAUUUUAGGUUGCAAAUACUGGCCAAGAAAACUAUAAAAAGCACUAUUUCAUCUAGAAUUAUACUUGAUGAUUUGAUAAAGUUGAUAGUCUUUACUUGGACUUAGCUAUUUUAACUCAAGUACAACUUACUCAUUCUACAUGCCUAUGUUAUAGUUUUGUUUUUCAUCUUUAAAUUUUUGUCUGUUAUAUUUAUAAUGCAUAUAAAAUGAAAUAAUUUUUAAAAAUAUGAAAAAAGCACUAUUUCUGGGUUUACUACUAAACUUGAUUACAGUGACACAGAUAACAAUUGGAGCCGGUUCAAAAAGUUGAUUUAUUUAAGGGGAUCUAUUUGAUAAAGGAAAGCAUUAUUCAAAUAGUUUUGGGUGCAAUACACUUCGACUUUUAAUGUAGUAGAGAUGUCUACUAGUGGAAGAGGGGAGACAAUGUUUCUGAUUUCCCCCUGCAAACCACCAUGCCACCUUGCACACUGUUUUGGAGAGUUAUCCAGCUCUAAGGAGCUGGUUUUCAGGAGGCUGGAGGAUGAUCAACAAAAUUGCCUCCUUAUGUCCCCUAUUAGUGUAUGUCUGUGUUAGAUCAAAAGCCUUUCUAGAGUCCAAGGGUCCAAAUUAGAUUUGAUCCUAUUUGUAUUUGUCAAAGUAAAUGCCCACAAAAAAAAAAAAUAGUUCAGGCUGUCUUGUGAUCUGAGUAUUGUUCCAUUUCUAAUAUAAUUUGAUUAUUGCUGUGUUCCUUGUAGCUUAGAAUUUGGGUGAGGAGGUAAAGACUACCUAAAUAAAAACAACACUACAGGAUUAAGGCACCAUUUGAUAGGUUUUCAAGGGCAAGUGGAAUGUAGCCUUUAAUAUCCCUCUUUCCAAAGAGGUCUCACAAAACCUGAGGACAAUAUUUGGAAGCUGUUCAGAAGCAGACUUCAGAAUAAAGAUCUGCUUGGGGUAUGGAGUAUACAUGUGCAGAUUUUUGUACAUACCUAAAGGGGGUCUCUGAAUUGUGGACUACUUAUUAAUCAGUUGUAUUUAAACAUAUAUUCUUGCAGCUACCUGGACAGAAUGACGGACCUAGUGGCUAUCUGGGAAGUAGGUUUAAGUGAUGGCAUCCACAAAAUUGAAUUUGAACAUGGGACCACCUCAGGAAAACGUGUUGUGUAUGUGGAUGGAAAGGUAGGAUUCUUACAUGAAAAGCACACAGUAUGAAAAACAAACAGUGAGGUUUUUUUAUCAGUAAAACCUAGUUAACCUGGUUUACCAAACAAUAGUCCUUAAGAGGUUAUUUUCUGUGAAGUUUGUUAGAUUAAAUUUAUGUCACUGAUCUGUAAUGUGGAUUUAAAAUCUUGGUCUAAAAUCUAAAACAUGUAGUGGAAAAACACUUGGUUUUUCUGCAGAAGAUAUUCUACUUUUCUUAAAAUAUUAGCAGUGAUAGCAAUAGUGCUAUCUUGGAAAGGACAUCCCCUCACACUCCUGGGCUCUUCCUCCUUCUGCAUUUGCUUUUUUUCCUGAACAAAUGGAAGUGUACUGUGAUGUUUCCUUCUGUUAGAGAUCCCGGAAAUUAAACUACAACUCAUAUAAUCCCCAGCCGUGGCCAAAAAUUAUGGGGGUUGCAGUUCCAUUCAGUUUUUAUUAUAUGAAGUAGAAGGAGGCAUUGCAACAUAAAUGCUGGUUAUGUCUCUUUUUUAUUUGGGGAAGAAAAUCAAGCAAAGGGGAAAGAGGGAAGAGGCAAGGAAGUCUGUCCAAUCCAAGGAGUUGCUGCACUACUGCUACCAUCUUGCCUGGCCCCUAAUGUAAAUCUUUGCUCUGGGAUGGGCUGCUGGUGAAUGGAUAUGUUCACAUAUAGAAUCAGGACAAGACAUCCACUCAACAUGGGCUGUGCUUCCUGCUUUGAUUCUUCUCACUGAAACUGAGCAGGAGACUUUGACUUUCUGGAUGCCCCUAUUCCUGUUAUAUCCCUAGUAAUAAGUAUAUGCAGAGCUCCAGCAAUAGAGCUGUUCUCUGACACAUGCCUAUCUGUUCUGCCAGGAUGUGGUUUUCCAUAUGAUAUGAGAAAGAAAGCUUAGGCUUUGCUGACAAUCCAAACAAUAUCAUGGUGAAACUUCUACCAUUAGGAAAAAGGCCUUAAGGCCUUAUCACCAUAGUUCUCUUGGUAUGUGAAAGUCCAUGCAUACUUGUCUGAAAGUGCAGUCAUUUCCCCCUUUAAAUUUUAAUAGCAACACCCCAAAAAUAAAAGAGAUGGGCAGUGAUCUGUGGUACAAUGUAUGUACUUUGCUUUAGCUGGUUUUGCAAUAUCAUUUUGCUUGCAUAUAUACAUGUUUCUGUAAUCUGUAGAGAUCCAAACACAGGUUAAAUAAUCUUUCAAAAAUGAUUUCUAAGCAAUAGGUGAGACAGUCCUCAUGGAAAGUUUCCUUCCCUAUCUGCCUCUGCUGUUAAUUUUUCUGCCAUUGCAAACUGCCAAAUACUUAUCAAACCAUCUCCCCAGCACAAAAUCCUCCUUACCUUUCCAGUAAUGAGCAGGUUUUUUUUGUAAGCAGCUAUUAGGAGAUGAACUAUUAUACCAGUAAUUUUCUCUACCCCAUAAAUGACAGCAAGGCCAAUCUUGAAUCCAUAUUGGCCUCCUGUUGCAUUUAUACCAGAGACUGCCUGCCAACGCUUCUUUUCCCAUGAGAAUUCCCACCAUAAAUGUGUUAAGUGACAUUCUGUCUAAAAGUAGGACAACAUGCCCCUAUUAAUGUGAUAUAGGUGUACAAGGGCUAGAUGCCAUCUUUGAAUUAGCUUUGGCAUUAGGUCCCUUUAGCAUUGAUAAUAAUAAUAAUGAUUAUUAUUUAUUAAAUUUGUUAGUUGCUUUUAUCUUGCCUAAGACAACCCAAAGCAGCUUACAAGCAAACAAAAACACCCACAUAGAUACAGUGGUACCUCGGGUUAAGUACUUAAUUCGUUCCGGAGGUCUGUUCUUAACCUGAAACACCACUUUAGCUAAUGGGGCCUCCUGCUGCUGCUGCCACACCACUGGAACACGAUUUCUGUUCUUAUCCUGAAGCAAAGUUCUUAACCUGAAGCACUAUUUCUGGGUUAGCGGAGUGUGUAACCUGAAGCAUAUGUAACCUGAAGCGUAUAUAACCUGAGGUACCACUGUACAUUAAAACCAAGGUGGGGCAGGGGGGACAAAGCAAAACUGUACUUCCUGGUGUGUGUCAAAAUACCCCAUCCAGUUGCUCAAGACAGUCUGUUGUAUUACCUUCCCUUGUAAUGUAACACUUUUAUUAAACUGAAAUGUGUACUUGAGAUCAAGCUUUCUUUUUAUGAUGUAAACAAACAGAAAGCUAUGUGAUGUUUCCUUUUUUCAGUACUGAAGCAAAUAUAUAUGUUGACAUCGGUGCUAUCUUUUUUCUCUUCAGGAAAUAAUGAGAAAAGAAUGGAUGUUCAAAUUAGUGGGGAAAGAGACAUUUACUGUCGGAACAUCUAAAACAAAGGCUACUAUUAACAUUGAUGCUGUCAGUGGCUUUGCGUAUGAAUAUACCUUGGAAAUUAAUGGCAAGAGCCUCACAAAAUACAUGGAGAACAGGUCAAAAACAACAAGUACUUGGAUGUUACACUUGGAUUGUACAGAUUACAGGGUUGUAUUAGGUAGGUUAUUCUUACAUAGUUCCAUGUUUGCCUUUUGUAUGGACCCAUAUAUUCCCAUAUAUUUUGUUUAGUCAUGCUGUGGUGCCGUUCCAAGAGCACUGAUUUUUGUUGUGACUCCUUUAUUUGUAACAAACUAUAAAACAAAUAUCUCAUUGGAGCCUGAUCCUGGAGAGCUCUGAGAAUCAUUAGAACCUUCUGGGAAUUAAUGAAGGGCCUUUUUGAUAUGGAAAAAAACAUAUGAACACUUCAGUAUGUUUUAGUAAUCUGAGUUAGUGAUCAUUUUACCAUUGGCUUGUUUAUUAGUGGCACUGGAUGACAUUUGCAUGUAAUGCUAAACUGGAUUACAGUGGUACCUCGGGUUAAGUACUUAAUUCGUUCCGGAGGUCCGUACUUAACCUGAAACUGUUCUUAACCUGAAACACCACUUUAGCUAAUGGGGCCUCCUGCUGCUGCCGCGCCGCCGGAGCACAAUUUCUGUUCUCAUCCUGAAGCAAAGUUAUUAAUCCGAGGUACUAUUUCUGGAUUAGUUGAGUCUGUAACCUGAAGCGUAUGUAACCCGAGGUACCACUGUACUUUCAAAGUUCUCUCCCUCCCCAACCGAUUUAAACUCUGACCCAUUGUUCCAUAUUUAUUUCUUAAUGCGUACUGAAGAUGAAGAUGAUUAUAUACUCAAGCACAGUUAUGGUUACAGUUACUCCCUCCCCCCCUUUUGAUUGAUUUGGAAAUCUUAUUGACUUUUUACUUCUUUAUUUCUCAAAAGCCAGUAAACAUAUAUUUAAAAAAUAAUAAUUCUCCCUGCCAUGCAACAGAGAAAGGGAGAAGAAAGGGAGAGCGCACAAGCCCCAAUGCUUGUCUCAAUAUUCUUAGCUCUCUUUAAAGUAUGCCCUGCACCAUCUAACUUGUUCAAGGGCAUAGCUAGCAUUUACAGAGAUCUGGGAAUGCUACUAACCCAUGCUCUGGUAGAAGAAAAAAAUGACACCCUCACACCUGUAUUAUUUCCUGCCCCCUACAAGCACUAUGAGAACCCUGAACAUUACAUCCCAUAUUUUCUCUUUACAAAACACACUGAGGUGAGAUUAGUUGGUGGCAACCCCAUAGGUAGAUUAACACACCCCUUGUUAGGCUCCAACAUGUCCAUUAGGAAGAAAAACCUCAUGUUAUCAUAAUCUUACUGGCUUUGACUGUGGCUGUACAGAGCAUUGUCUUCAUCACUCUAGCUAAGGUGCAAAACUACACUUGAUAUAGAGCUCAUCCACACUUUUGCUUCACCUGUACUUUGAUCAUAUUGUGUACUAAUUGGUUCCCCUGCAACUGAGUUUUUAUCAUUGUCCCACAGUUGUGCCUUGCAAAAAUCUGAUGUUACCCAUUGAAUUGGCUAUGCACAGAAAAUCUGAAGGGAGAUUUUGGUUAACUGCGGUUCAGUUCAAUGGAUAAGAUUGGAUUUUCACAAGACACAGGAAUGGAACAGCAAGAAAGAGUGUGUUGAGAAUUUAAAAUUGCCUGUCAUUGUGCUUUUGGACACUUCCUGGGUGGUGAUUUAAAAAAAAAAGAUGUAUGCAGCAUAAUAGAAUCAACAAGCUGGAAGGCUGGAACAAAAACACUAAAGAGAAUGCCUGCUGGGAUGAAAGGGAAAGACCAAAGUUGCUCCUCAUACAGAUUCAAAUACAUGCAGGUGUGGAUUACUGUGGUCUAAUUUGAAUGGAAAAGAAAUGAAUUCAUAGCUAAAUAAUGGCUGAAAUUGUGGACAAGCCCUAAAUCAAAAUUAAAUAUAAGAUACAAAAUGGGAAGCCUUGGUCUGGACAUAUCUGACAUGCAUACGUUAUAGUAAAUAGUUUUUAAGAUAAGAAAAUGUUAUCAUUAAGUGACCUUUUAUUUUUUUUAACAGAAAAAGACACAAUGGAUGUCUGGUGCAAUGGUAAAAAAGUGGAAACGGCGGUAUGUAACCAUAGAUAUUCCAAAAUGAAAACUUUUAAAUUAAAAUGGACUAAAGUUACAAUUAAGAGAUGCAUAUUCAAUGUUAUCCGCACCCCCUCCAUAAGUGAAGAAUUUGAACUUGGUUUAAAUACCCUUAAAAGCAAGGAAAUGUACACUUGACCAGUUCCUUCUUUCAUAGAAUUGUAGAGUUGGAAGGCACCUCAGGCUCAGCUACUCCAACCCCCUCCUGUGCAGAAAUCUCAGCUAAAACAUCCAGAACAAAUGGCCAUCCAACCUCUGUUUAAAAACCUCUAAGGAAGGAUAGUCCAUCAUCUUCCCAGGGAGUCCAUUCCAGGGUUGACUGAAAGACUUUUAAAUGAGGGAAUGAUUUUAAAAGCUACUCACUUAUAGAAUGGUAUUUAAGUGUUUUUAAGUGUUAUUCAAACAUAGGAAAAAUUUAUUAUCUUGUCUUUGUGACAUAGACUACACAUUAGGCCACCAGUGUGCGAUAAAUUUCCUCCAUAGGAAAUGGAACAAUUAAACAGUUCAUUCACUUUGGAAUUUGUAAAACUUGGGAACAGAGCAUUGGACUGCAAUGAAACCUUUAAAAUCUAACCAAUUUCAUGACAGUCUAAGCUCGGUGCUGCUCUAUGAAGUGCAUUGUGAUGACUUUGAAUACAUUUGCCUGUGUAUCAGAAGCUGUGGCCCUCCUGAUGGAACUGAACUACAAUUCCCAUCAACCUCAGCUCACCUGGGCAAUGAUCAGGGAGCUGUAUGGGAGUUGUGACUCAGUAACAUCUGGAGGGUUACAGGUUAGCCACCCUUGCUUUUAGAACAAUCUUUUGGUGGUUAAUGAACAAUUAGAGUAUUUGAAUACAUUUGAUCACCUGUUCAACAUAUAUUUUUCCUUUUUUGUACCAGGGAGAAUUUGUAGAUGAUGGGACAGAAACACAUUUCAGUAUUGGAAAGCAUAACUGUUGCAUUAAAGCUGUCAGCAGUGGGAAAAGAAGAGAAGGAAUUAUUCAUAUGCUUGUUGUAGAUGAUGAAGAAAUCACAGCACCUUUGUAAUAGCUUUCCAUUAUUCUGACUAUUGCAGAUACAAAGAUCAGGGAUUUUCAAUUGCUGUGGUAAUUGACUACUUUAAUAUAUACUUUAAUAUAUACUUCAUGGUAUAUUCAGUUUGUGCUGUUCUUAUUUUCUAGCUGCUGUAUAUGAAAUUUAUUGAAGGACCAGAUGAGAAUAUGAUGUCUUUUUUGUAAAAAAGAAUUUAUAUAUUAGAACACUAAAGAGGAACUUUGACCAAUGUAGAAAUUGUUUACAUGGAAACUUUUAAUAAGUGCAGAAUAAAACACAGUAGUGAAAUUUGUUCAUUUAAAUGUUAGAAUGUCAUAUUCUUUUUAUAUCCUCUUUAAAAUAAGUGUGUUGCGUCCUUAGAAAACUGGAAUGUAUAACUAAAGAAGUGUUUUUUUUUCAGUAAGCCUUUUUACAACUUUGCUUAUCAAUAAUACUUGAACCACGAGCCAUCUGUCUGCAUGGGUUGCCUUUUUCCUGCAGCUUUCUGCUGAGCACAAGUGCCCAGCUAUGACCUGCUUUGGGAGCCCCAUGUGUCUCUCCCAUGUGUAGAUCCAGCAAGUCCUUCCCUUUACUGGUACCCCAUGUACUUCCAGUUUGAGCACAUGGGCCUAGCGAGUGAUGUGGCUGCAUCUGCAUAUGGGAGGCACAAACGCCACUCCUAUAUAGCAGGUUAUAGUGGGGCACUUGCAGCAAGGAAAAGUAGUCCAUUGAGCUGAAUGAUCUGCUCCCAUGCAUGCAACUACACAAGGGAGGAUGAGUCAUUUUUGUGCAUUUUCAAAAUCCAGUGUUUGCCUUUAGGAAAUUUAAAAAAUAGAUGCAAGAACAAAUAUGCUGGGGAUUUUCUGUAGCAGACUGGAAGUUUCAGGUGACUGCAUAUUACAUAGUACUGAACUACUGAAAUCUUUAAAAAGGGGGCAAGCAAACUUCAGGCUUGAGAAAAAUGAAAUCUCACUUGUGCUCCAAAGUCUACCACUUCCAAAAUCGUGGCUGGACAUGGUACACCAUACACUUGUAGCACAAUCUUAUGAAUAUUUAUUUGGAAGUCAACCCACUGAGUGAGGUGCAGCUUUUGCUUGCUCAGGAAUUUGUUUCUAGUGCCUGCAUACACCUACACAUCCUCUCUCACAUACAACUGGCUUGCUUUAAAGCUUUCUUUGUUUUCAGCAGCCAAUUUUUGGGGGAAGACAUUUAGUUAUUGCUAAGCGGGGAGCCUUUUAUUGGUUGUUGUUAACUGGGAUUACAAACUUUGUUGGAUCUGUCAAAUAAGUCAAGAGACUUACCAGCAGUGUGUUUUUUUUUCCUGGGAGUACUCAGCCUUAACAGAUUCUUUUUUGGGGGGACACAUUUAUAAAGAUGUCCACUAUUCAAAAAUGCUAUUGCCAGAUGUUCAAGAAUCUACUAAAAUAUGGAAACUAUAAAACCUCAAAAGAUGGUAUUAUUUCAAAGGAAUCUUACUAUUUUUAGUAUCUGUCACACACUAGUUAUUGCCUCCUUUAGCUAAUGCAACGAGGGACGCGGGUGGCGUUGUGGGUAAAACCUCAGCGCCUAGGACUUGCCGAUCGCAUGGUCGGCGGUUCGAAUCCCCGCGGCGGGGUGCGCUCCCGUCGUUAGGUCCCAGCGCCUGCCAACCUAGCAGUUCGAAAACACCCCCGGGUGCAAGUAGAUAAAUAGGGACCGCUUACCAGCGGGAAGGUAAACGGCGUUCCGUGUGCUGCGCUGGCUCGCCAGAUGCAGCUUGUCACGCUGGCCACGUGACCCGGAAGUGUCUGCGGACAGCGCUGGCUCCCGGCCUCUAGAGUGAGAUGAGCACACAACCCUAGAGUCUGUCAAGACUGGCCCGUACGGGCAGGGGUACCUUUACCUUUACCUAGCUAAUGCAACAAAGGUAAUGUUUAAGGAUCAUAACCUAUUAAAAGGUCAUUUAUAAUAUUUGCCCCCCUUUAAUCCUAAGAAUUUGGGUCAUAUGUUCCAAUGUAGUUGCAGGUAGUCUUCACCCCAUAUCCAAAGCAUGUAUGCAAUGGCAUAGAGAAGGAGCUGAAUGUUACACUGACAUUUAGUGGUACAUCUGAUAGAAGCAUGGUAUUUAUUGUGGAUUUUAAACCAACUGAUUUAAUAGCACUUAAUUCAAUAAACCAUCAAAGACAUUCUAGAAAUACAAAGUUACUUGGAAUUUUCUGAAGUUUUAAAUUUCUAAAAGCAUCAUCUCUGGCACUUAGACAAAAGCUGAUCCUGAACUGCAUGAAGCACUUGCUAUUAUAUUCUUGUACAGAAAAAAACCAAAUAUUUGCAGAUGGUUUGAAGUUGGCAUUUUAAUAUAAGAACUUGUGUUGUGAAUGCAGCGGUUCUCUUUUAGAUCAAAUUAAAGCUUCCCAUGCUGAGAUUGCUUAUUAAGCAAUAACGAUACUUCAAGAUUGUAACGAGGCAAGAUUUUUCACUGCAUCGGAGAACUGCCAUGUACAUAAAUUACUUAAACCUAACUCAUAGAACCUAGUACCUAUCAUUUGUUGAACUUUAAGGCCUCAUAGAUUCUGAGCUGAUGGUUCCAACUGGGUCUUCUGCACUGGAUUCCAAAGCAGGGAACAAGUCAACAAAUACAGCGGGAGAGCUUGCUCCCUAUUGAAAAUGACAAAGAUUUCAGGGUUGUGAAUAUCGUCAACAACACUGUCAUAGAGUUUCAUGCUACUUGCACUAAUUAAUGGUGGUGCAACAUAGCUUCGAUUGCCCCUUGUAUACGAGCCUGUUACAACUUCAGCCUCAAACACACAGAUCAAGUGAUCCAUUUCACAUUUUUCCCUGGUAUCUGUUACAAGGUUCCUGGGGUUCUUGUUAAAGUAGAUGCCAGCUCCAUAUUUCUGGUCUGGAAAACAAUGCAAAACACAGACUGUUUAAACAGAAACAUGUUUUCAUUAUGGUAGCAGUAUGCAAGACAAAUUGCUUCUGAAUAUGACUUGGUCUGCUCCCACUCCCGCCCUGAAUGGAAAUAAGAGGACCAAGUAAUAAUUGAACAAGCUUUAAGGACAUGCUGGGAAACUGCUGGUAUUUUAACAAUUGCAAUCAUGGUGGCAAUCGGGAGCAGCACAUCCAAUUUUGCUGCUUGAGACAAGAUGGGAAGUACUGCUCCAUGGCUACUGAUGGAACAGUGGCACGGAUUUCAGAUGAGAUUUUGUGCGCACUACAAGAUCUUGUGGGGUCUCGUGUGAAAUCUGCACUGAUGCCAGAAGUGGAGGCAGUGGGGCAGGCGGAGCACCCACUUGGGCACCACCUCAAGGACUUUUACCGCCUGAGGCAGCAGAUUCACACUGCCCACUAGCUACACCAGCCCUGGUGGCAGCAAUGGACACUGCAGUCUAACUCUAGAUCAGUUUAGGGUUUACAGAGGAAAAGCUAAAUCUUACUGUGAAGCCAAUAGUGAUAAUUGUAAGAACCAGAUAGAUACCACUUGAUUUUAUAUUUUAUUUAGCUAGCUUUUUAAGCUUUGAAUUAAUGUACUUGAACAUCUGUGAUGAAUGUAUCAACAUGGCAGUCAAAUUGUUUGAAGAUAAUCUACUGAUUUUCUAUUUUUUUGCUUUUCAUGGGUAUAUGCAUGCUUUACCUUGUAAGGAGGAGGGGUAGGUUUUCUGAAAUCCCGUUUUACACACCAGACUACAGUACUGAGCUGGGACACGAUGGUAUAGCCUAUGGCAUACUGGCAUUCCAGCAUUUUUUCCUUCAAUUUUUAUUUUAAUCCUUUGGAAGGUAGAUUCUAAAAGAGGAUUGCAUAUUUUCUCUAUCUGAAAUGAAAAUGAAAGUAAGUUGUGCCCAGCUCAAUAGCAGCAACACUAAAAAAUACAUACUGUUCCGAUGCUAAGUACAUUUUUUAUUUCGAUUAGUACAUUUUUUGUUUGUUUUUAAAAUCGAAAUUCCAGGAUGAAAAAAGACCAAACAGUUCCGAUUUAUUCUCUACUUGAAGUAAUGUGGUCUGAGUUUGAUUUAGGAGUAUACCACAUAUUGGUAAAAACCUAUCAGUUUUUAAUAAUCAUUUUGACUUGGAUUUUACCCUCCUAUAUUCCUAUUGGUUUUGGAUAUUUGUAAAACAUCACAAUAUUCUUUCAGAAUUACUUUGCCCUUGGUCAUCUCUUUACCUUCAGAAUCCGGAGGCCAGCUUUUUCAAGUUGUUUUUCUUUGUCCUUGAAUUCUUGAAGAUAUGACUCUAUUGGAGUGACUUGGUAACAGUAUUUACUCGCCAUUUCUGUGUGGCCUUCUUGAUGAGGAGAGUUUCUCAAAGGUCCUAGAUACAAGUAAUAAAAUACUAAAUAGUAGUGCAACUUUCAUAUUGGAAAAUUAACUGUAAGCUUACUGGAGACGGGUAAUGCCUGGUCUUCUAUUUGCUUAUUAAAAUGGAAAUACAGUAAGCACAAUGAGUUCAUUGUUUAAUAAAGGCCCCUUUUUCAC